GCGCGCACCUGUGCCCAGCAGUGCCACCCACCUGUGCCCAGCAGUGCCACCCACCUGUGCCCAUCAGUGUCUAGUAGUGCCACCCACCUGUGCCCAGCAGUGCUACCCACCAGUGCCCAGCAGUGCCCCCCAUCAGUAACACCCAUCAGUGCUGCCCAUCAGUGCCGUCAGUCAGUGCCGUCAGUCAGUGCCACCUAUCAGUGCCCAUCAUUGUUGCAUAUCAGUGCAGCAUCAUCAGUGCCACCUAUCAGUGCUGCCUAUCCGUACCACCUCAUCAGUACUGCCCAUCAGUGCCGCCUAUCAGUGCUGCCUAUCCGUACCACCUCAUCAGUACUGCCCAUCAGU